AUGGAGGGUCUAAUUCCGUUUGUUUAUAGAGCCGUCAUGCAAAUCCGUUAUGGUGACGAGGUUUCUUCUUCUUGCUACGUUCGUCUGCCGGGUGAUUCAGGGCGGCUCGGAUCGGGUCUUGGAUCAUCUUCAGAUACGGCGUCGUCAAAGACCACGAUCACGACCACCACGUUUGCUGUAGUUUCCACUGGCGUCCAGUCACCCGGUCAUCGUCGGGUCCUGACGUGAUGCGAAGGGAACUUGAAGAUGUGCAUGAGGGAAAGGGCUCGUGACUUUGUAAUUACUAUUGGUUAGGUUAAGUGUCUAAAGUUAAUGAGUUAUGCAGUGUUUGGACUGGUUGAAUAAACCUCAUGUAACAAUUUAGGCGUGUGUUUUUUGAUCAAAUUGGGUGAUUUUUCUGAAGGGACUUUUAACUGUAAAAAAUGAUAUGAACCUUUUGUAUACCCGUGAGAAAUUAUGGUGUUGUGAUUUUCUCCUUCUUACAGCAUUGUUAAUUUUUUCAUUAUCGAAAAUUUUAGAAGGUGGAAGACAUUAUAGAAUGAAU